UGAACAACUAGUUGGUGUUCCAGUUUGCAAAUUAUAUGAACAAUAAGCGGCAAUGAAACCGCGCGAUGUCAUGGAGCGAACAAGCGUACUGCAUGUUGCUGACCGAUCUAAGCGAAAACUCUACGUCAAAAGCAGUAAAUCAAGCGCAAAACGAACUAAAAGAAGACAAUGGAACAAAUAGAAUGUUUUUCGAGAGAUCGUCGAGAGGGUAAAGGCGUACCGGAGCCACCGUUUCAUUCAGUACACCGACAACCGUAGUGCCGGUGAGACGAGUAUCUCUAACCGUACGCGGACGACUUUCGCACAGAACGCGAGUGACUGUCGACGAACAACGAUCACCAGAGAACCAGCGCGGCAUUCGAUAAAAAUUUGAAAUUAUCUAAGAAGAUCCUGGACGGUGUACAGUUAAUUUUUGGCUGUGCCAACCACAACUCCCUUCUCCGCGUACGGAAGCCCUAAUACACAACCCGUGCUGGGACAAGCUAUGAUAUCCUGAUCGAUCGGCAUCGUCGAAUCGCAGAAGAGUCGUUCCACGUCGAAGGUUCAGAUUGAAGCUUCUGUUGGAAGAACGUGACAGCCAUGUCUUUCUUAAAAUCCACAAGUGAUGUGAUAGGUUUCCUGCUCCUCGCGGUGGUCUCCAUCGUCGAGGGUAUCAUCAAAUUGUUGAUUCCCAUGAAAUACAAGAUGAAAAAUGUCGACGGUGAGAUCGCCCUGGUGACCGGGGGUGGUGGUGGUCUGGGCAGGCUAAUUGCCCUUAGGCUGGCCAAUCUUGGGGCCAUCGUUGUUAUCUGGGACGUCAACAAAGCUGGUACUGAUGAGACGGUGAAACUGGUACAAGCCGCAGGUGGCACCUGUUACGGUUACGUCUGCGAUCUAUGCGACCGGGAGGAUGUUUACAAGAAAGCGGCAUUGGUCAAGGAAGAGGUUGGACAGGUGACGAUUUUGAUCAACAACGCCGGAGUCGUUAGUGGUACAAAAUUUUUAGACACACCGGACAAGCUGAUCAUUCGGACGAUGGAUGUGAACGUGAUGAGCCACUUUUGGACCGCGAAGGCGUUCUUACCGUCGAUGAUGGAGAACAACAAGGGCCACAUCGUAAGCAUCGCCAGUCUGGCUGGACACAUAGGCGUGCCGAAAUUAGUGGAUUAUUGUACGUCGAAAUUUGCGGCUAUCGGUUUCGAGGAAGCGCUUCACAUGGAGUUAGCGGCCGAGGGAUACAAUAUUAACACGACAGUGAUAUGUCCGUUUUUCAUUCGCAGCACGGGUAUGUUUGAGGACGUUUCGCCUAGAUUCUUUCCGAGACUUAGUCCGAACGAAGUGGCGGAUCGCGUGGUGUCUGCUAUGAGGUGUAACGAGAAGAUUGCCGUUGUACCUGGUUACCUCUACCUUCUGCUCGUCGCAAAAUGGGCUUUCCCAUGGGCUUGCGCGGGGAUGUUUAUACGUGGUAUAAUCCCGAACGCUACCCAUACCGGGAGCACGUCGCCCACCUCUACCUCUAAUAAAGAAACUGUUCCUAGUGUAUUGUCUAAAGAGCAGAACAGUGCGAACAUUCAUCAGCAAUUAACCAGACGCGUGUCCAGUUCCGAGAGGAAGCCUUAAAUCGUUUUGUGAUCGACCCUUUAAAUAUCAUAUCUGACGUAUCUUUCGUUUUCUCGAAUACAGAACAUGGUAAAAAAGAAAAAAAAAAUACAUAUCAUUCAGCGUAACGGCAAGAAAGGACCAAGUAGGGUACGUUGUUUACGCCCGUAUCAUGUUUUAAGUGUAGAGAAAUCGUUUUGUACGCGGUACACGCACGUUAGAAUUUACUGUAUGUACGUCAGAGAAAAAAGAAGACUUGUCCACGGACAGGUUAUUGCACAAUAUUGGGACAUGUUUCGUAGAACGAGACAAGGAAAAAUGUAGCGUUGGUAAAGCGGGUGUCUUUAUCAGGGCUCCACUAUCCCGUUGGAGGCACAGCCUAAUAGAGAGACUCGUAUCUCGUAUCGAAUGAGAGUAAUGGUAAAAAAAUUAUAUUUUGGUGUGCUUUUGUUAACCACGUUAGAACAGAUAAAAAAGGCAACAGACGCACAUAUACACAGUGACAUUAGUAGGGAGAGGGAGAUUUUAAAAGCAUAUGUAUAUCAAAAUCGUUGAAUCUUGUUGUUUAAAUGCAUUAUGCCUCCUGGAAGGCAUUGCACAAACUUUCAUCGUGUAUUUCGAUGUUUUUAUGUAAUAAUAAUGAUAUUUUAGAGUUACUUGUUGCUAGUGACAUUGCAAGUAAAAAAACAACUGGUCCAAACUACCGAAGUACAAUUUAUACAAUCGGCAACUAUGUGAUACAAUAAAUAUUGUAUAUCAGCAGCACUAACGUAAGGAUAGCGUAAGGGUAGAGUAAGGAUUUUUCUAUUUGUAAUUUGUACUUUGUGGUUGUAAAGGAACAAACGCGUGUAUAUUUAUCGAACCAUAUGUAACAACUCAACGAAUCGUUGCGAAACGACUCGCGGAUGUCAAGCAGGAACAGAAGGAAAGAAAAAUAAAGUUUGUGUAAUUUUUAA